GGCCACUCAGUGGUUUCUUGGUGACACUAGAUAGAGCUGCUCGAGUCUUGCCACCUCUGGAUUCCCUCCGCAGCCGGGCUUGGACUUUGAGGUUUUGCCACUGCCAGAGGGACGUCUCAGACUUUCUUCUCCAAGUGCUUGGCCGAUCACCCCCUCUGCAGGGUCUGCGCAUCGCCGCCGGGAUGAAGCUGGUUUCUGUGGCCCUGAUGUACCUGGGCUCCCUCGCCUUUCUCUGCGCAGACACCGCGCGGCUCGACGUGGCGUCGGAGUUCCGAAAGAAAUGGAAUAAGUGGGCUGUAAGUCGUGGGAAGAGGGAACUGCGGGUGUCCAGCAGCUACCCCACCGGGCUCGCGGACGUGAAGGCCGGGCCUGCCCAGACUCUCAUUCGGCCCCAGGACAUGAAGGGCGCCUCUCGCAGCCCCCAGGCCAGCACUCUGGACGCCGCCCGCAUUCGAGUCAAGCGCUACCGCCAGAGCAUGAACAACUACCAGAGUCUCCGGAGCUUCGGCUGCCGCUUUGGGACAUGCACGGUGCAGAAGCUGGCGCACCAGAUCUACCAGUUCACAGACAAGGACAAGGACGGCGUCGCCCCCAGGAACAAAAUCAGCCCCCAGGGCUACGGGCGCCGAAGGCGGCGCUCCCUGCCCGAGACCCACCCAGGCCGGACUCUGGUGUCUUCUGAGCCACAGGCACCAGGGACUCGGGGCUCCCGGGUGCACACAGCGCUCUCCACCCUCCUUGGGAUUUAGGCGCUGGUGCCAAGAGAGAACAGUCGCGCAAGCAUUCCGCUGUGGCCUUCAGGGGCGGAGGGCUUUCUGACCGGGGACCAGGCUGAGAGAGCCUGCAAAGAACGGAGCCUGGGAGGCACGGUCCACUGGCGAGCCCUGGCUUUGCAGGGGCUCCUCCUCCGGACCGCGCUUUCUGCAUUUUCAUCAAGCCCAGGUGCCCCAAUGGGGACAGAAGAAUCCAAAGGAGUAUCUGCCAGGCUCACAGAGAGAGAAACUGAGAAUUAAAUGCUGAGACCCCCGGGGCAGGGGUCUGAGCCACUGACGUGCCCGCCCACAAACUGAUUUCUCAUGGGGUAUCACCCCACCGGGGCGCAAGCCUCGCUCUUACUUGAACUUUCCAAAACCUAGAGAGGAAAAGUGCAAUGCGUGUUGUACAUACAGAGGUAACUAUCAAUAUUUAAGUUUGUUGUCAAGGUUGUUUUUUUCUUUUUUAAAAAAUGUAACUUCAAACAUAGAGAUAUUUUUGUACGUUAUAUAUUGUAUUAAGGGCAUUUAAAAGCGAUUGUAUUGUCCCCCUAUUUUAAGACGUGAAUGUCUCCAUGAGGUGUUACAUUUGUUGUGAGUGCGCGCGCGAAAGAGCUGAUUACCUCCCGUGAAGGAAACACCGUGUCUCUGUAUUAUCGAUUACUUAAAAUGGGUGAUAUGCGAACUGCGAAUCAAUAAACUGUCUCAACGCUGA